CACAAGCCUUUCUUCCCCAACAACAAUGAAUCUUCCUCUGCAACAAUCAAUUGUCUGCACCAGGCUUCUCCAUUCUUCAUCUUCAACAUUGAGACGGACGCUGAUGGAGAUUUGCGGUGAGAGCAACAGACAGCUUCACAACGGUGACGAGCGGUGAAGGACUGAUGGUGAGCGCCGGCGUCCAUCAACGAUUUCAGAUCUGGUGUUCAAGAUCUGACUGUCGUCGAUCGUCCAUCGCCGCCACUCGCCGGCCGCCACUUCAUAUUUGGUCGUCACUGUUGCAGAUAUGUCCAUCGCCGCCACACGCCGCUGUUGACCGCCGCUUCAGCAGAUCUGGUCGCCGCCCCUGCAGAUCCGGCCACAGCCGCUACAAAACCGGCCUCCACCGGUGCAGAUCCGUCUAUUGUCUAAGCUAAUGCCAAUUUUUUUUUAUCAAAAUGCAAAACAUAAAUCGAGAAUGCCAUUUUAAUGGCAUUUUCAAAGCAAAACAUGACUUUUUUGAAGAGUAAUAUUGCCUACUUGAUGGCAUUUUCGAAACAAAAUUUGACCUUUUAAAAAAACGUUCUUCAAUGUCUCUUCCUUCGUUAAUUCCUCUAUUCUUUCCUGUUUAUCUCUUUCUCCGUCAUUUGAGACCCUGAAUAUUGAGAUGCUCAUCUCCAACGGCCCAUAUGCAUUUGUUUUUGAAAUGUCAUAAAAGUGACAUUUUAAUCUUCAAAAAUGUAAUUCAUAUUGGCAUUCAGAUAUUAAAUUUGGCAGUAGCAGUGGGGGUGGCUAGAUCUGUAGCGGUGGUGGCGGAAUCCGUAAAAGCAACACCCGGCGGCGGCCGGCGAUGGCCAGAUUUAGCCAGAUCUACUACGGCAAGGUCAGAUCUGCGAAACGACAUCCAGCGACUAGCAGUGGUCUGGUCGGAAACUGGCGGCGGCUGUUGGGCGGUGGCUGUUGGGCGGCGGGCGGCGGGUGUUGGCCGGCGGCUAGAGGUCAGGCAUUCUUGCGUCUGCAGUAGGGUUUUUGAGGCUUCAGGGGUGUUUUUGUCUAACUCUAACUAAUAACUCCUAUUUAGGGAAUUUUUAAAUUUUAGUCCUGUUUUUGCAAUUAAAGAUUUAUUUACUCCUAUUUAGGUAAAUCUCCCUUAUUUAUAGGGUUUUAUAUGACAAAGGAUGGAAGGAGG